AUGCGGGCGGCGGGUCCGGCCCCGGCCCCGGCCCCGGCCCCGGCCGGCGGCUCCGCGGGCACCGCCGCCCGCCCUUCGCGGGGUCCCCGGGGCCGCCGCCGGGUGCGGGCGUCCUUCGUGGACGAGUCGCUGUUCGGCCGCCCCGCCGCCGCCCGCCCGCCGCCGCCCGCCUUCCCUCCGCCCUGGGCGGCUCCGGCGGCUCCCUCAGCCGGCGGCUCCCGGCCCGGCACUCAGUGCAGGUCCCGAAGCCACGCUCCGUCCUUCUGUGACGAGUCGCUGUUUGGUGCCAAGCCGCAGGGUCCUGCCUGGGCAGCUCCGCGGAUGAGGAAGGAAGAUGUGGCCAAGCUCCAUUCGCUGCUCUGGAGCCCCCCGCCUGCUCCCCGAAACCAG